CGCGAUAUGGCUGUCACUUCUCAUGUAUUGAGUCAGACGUCCGGGUCGCAGGCUGUCACGCAUAUAUAUUUGUGACUCUUCUAACCUGCCUCUUGGUCUUCAGCUGGCAGUUGAAGUACAGCCUCUGCGUCAUAUUUUAACUCCGCCCUCACUGCUUGAGCACUCGCCUCCGCCCUUUUUCUUGGUCUUGGAAAUUGCUUUCUAUCCUUCACUCAUAGUUUUAUCUCUAGCUUUGGCUGCUUCCAGACAUCAGAUUUUAUUUGCAUAUUCUGCUCACUACUAACUUUGAGGAGUUUUGUCUAUGGCAGACCCCGCCACUGAAGAUGAGCAUGAGGAGGAACUGAAUACGCUGCAAUCAAUAUAUCCCGAACUCAGCAUUUCAUCGAGGAGCCCCUAUGUCGCGGAAAUCGAUUUGGUUGUUGCUCCAGUCAAACCAUUGCUCGUUUCAUUCGUUGAAGAGCAAGGAAGUCAUCGACUAUCAUAUUUGUCUCCAUUAAACAUCACUAUAACGCUUCCAGAAGGUUAUCCAGCAGAGGAACCACCACGAUUAAAGCUUACGACAACGCCUCGUUGGAUCCCCGAUACUGUGCUGAAGAAGCUUCAGGCAGAGUGUCAAUCGCUUUGGGAGGAAUAUGGAGGAAUGCCUAUUUUAUUCGCAUAUAUCAGCUACCUACAGGAAUCCGUCGAAACUGCCUUCGGACUAUUAGAUCCAUCGAACAAAACGCCUCUUGAGCUCCCCAGGGACAUGAAACCGGAACUUCUAGAUUUCAAUGCUAAGAUGAAACGAGAGAUUUUUGACAAAGAAACAUUCGACUGCGGUAUCUGUCUUGAACCCAAGAAAGGAGCAGCGUGCUACCGUAUUGAGCGCUGUGGCCACGUCUUUUGCACCCCAUGUUUGCAAGAUUUCUACAACAACGCAGUCGCCGAAGGCGACGUUAACAGCGUUAAAUGCUUGGACCCGAGUUGCGGGAAGACUGGCGAUACGCGUGCGGAUCGUAGACAGAAACCCCGCCUUCUGUCGCCCAAAGAGCUGUUGCAGGUUCCAUUGAAGAAAGAUGUAGUUAAGCGGUUUGCGGAAAUGAGACGGAAGAAGAAGAUUGAGGCUGAUAAGACGAUUGUUAACUGUCCAAGGAAAUGGUGUCAGGGGUUUGCGAGAUCUGAUAAAUAUCCUAAAAUAACGGAUGUUACACUUCUAGAAGACUCCGACUCAGAACCUGAGCCCGAACCUGAACCUGAAGCUCAUGCUGUCCCCCCAAACCCUCCUGAGCCCGAGCCCGAACCCGAACCAUCUAAGAACCAAGAACAUGACAUCGAAAAGCGCCCCGGCGGUGUCUCCACCGACCGUCUUGCCAUUUGCGAAGACUGCAACCUCGCCUUCUGCUCCGUUUGCCUCGCCUCCUGGCACGGCGAUUUCGUAUACUGUGGCCCUAGAAAAGAAGCUGAACUCUCUGAAGAAGACCAAGCAUCCCUCAACUUCAUCCUCGCGCACACCUCCCCUUGUCCGUACUGCUCGGUCCCAUCACAAAAAAUGCAUGGGUGCAACCAUAUGACGUGUUCUCAGUGUAAAACCCACUUCUGUUAUCUGUGUUCGAGUUGGCUGGAUCCUGGGAACCCGUAUGAGCAUUUUAAUAAUAAGAAGAAGAAGGAGUGUUUUCAGAGGUUGUGGGAUUUGGAGGAGGGGGAUGGUGGGGAUGCGGCGGAGGCUCAGGCGCAGUUUUGGGAACAGGAGGCGCUGAGGUUGCAGAUGGAGGAGGUUAGGGUGCAUGAGGGUGGGGGCGGAAAUACUUGA